UGACCCGAGAGGGUGAGAAACGCCCCCUGGAGGAGCGCGCGAGUACCUUUGCAUAUAAGCCCGAGGAGAGGUCUCCAGUGGUGCAGAGGAACGCGCACCUGUACAACAUGAGGUUGGUAUCUGUCGUAGCUGCGUGUGUGUUGGGGACGUGUGUGUGGGCGACCUCCUCCACCACCACCCGGGGGGAGCGGCAGGUCGUCUUCCACAACAACUACCCGUCUCUCCUCUACAUCAACUCUGCUGCCGGCUCAGCAUCUGUUGACACAAGAGCUGACGGCGACUCUAACAUCGUCCACGUUAUCCUGUACCCAGCCAACGGGGAGGCCCAGGCGGCGAAGCGCGCAGUGGUGGUGUUGCAGGGCAGCGCCACGGGGACGCUGGUGCUGACGCAGGACACGCCGCCCGUGGGACCCACCCGCAUCGAGGGCACCAUCACCAACCUCACCGCCGGUCUCCAUGGCUUCCAUAUCCACGAGUUUGGCGACCUCUCCGGCGGGUGCGGCACUGCAGGAGGACACUUCAACCCUUACAAAAAGGAACACGGGUCUCCAGAGAACUUGAACCGCCAUGUGGGUGACCUGGGCAACAUCCUGGCCGACGAGUCUGGCCUCGCUUAUGUCAACAUCACCGACCAGCUGGUGACGCUGGUGGGGCCCACGUCAGCCGUGGGUCGCGCUAUUGUCGUCCACGCCGGCCAGGAUGACCUUGGCAAAGGCGGCAACCCAGAGAGCCUUAAGACAGGAAACGCUGGAGGACGGGUGGCUUGUGGCGUCAUUGGGUUGGCUUAAGGGGUUCCUUCCGACAGUAGUAAGGGCGGGGAAUCAGUACCAACUUUCCAGGACUGGAAUUAUUUUCAAGGGACCACAAGAGAUCAACAUCAUUCUUCGCCAACAAUCCUGAGAGCUCAGAGUAGCGGUCUAGGAUGAUAAAGAAUGAUGUCUUGUUAUUUGUUAUACUUAAAUUUGUUAUCAGUGGCAUGAUUAUUCUCCAAAGGGGAAAUUAUAUACAUGGAAAACAUACAGAACAAAUAAUCCAUUAUUACAUUACGUUACAUAAACAUAUAUGUAUUUUUAGCUUGAAAUAUAAUUAAAGUUUACAGAAUAUAUUCGAAAGCUGUGAAUCUAUAAUAAAGAUUACGCUGAUAA